AUGCACGUGCCGCUUUUCUCAGGGGUCCUUGAUACAGAUCUGGGUGAGUACCUGGACUGGGACAUAGACGCGACCCUCAGUGCGGGAUCGAAAAUCAGGGCUCCGCUGCUUGCGCCGCGACAGCCGACCCCACCUCCUGCUUCUGUAGCUGACGCACCAGAAGUCCCCGCGCCUCCAACUCUGCGCGCAGCAAUAAUUGAGGAGGGUUUGAGCCCCACACUGGACCCAAGAAAGUACAUGUUCCCAGCUAUCCCAAAGGACAUCGAGCACAACCUGUCAGAAGUAAAAACAAGGACAGAUCUCAGACCGGAACUUCGCUUUCGCAUUGUGGAGUGGUUGUGUCUUGACCUUUUUAGAUACACACUGUACCCAGGCAAGCUCUACGAGAGAGCUGCUCAACAGCUGGUCCUUCGCCACAAGGUCCUGGCUGACGCAAUCGGAUCUGGUCAUGAUUCCUGGCACUCUGCCCUCAAGUACAAGUGGAAAUAUGAAAGGGCGAAAAUUGAAAAUGACGGCGCAGUAACUUCAAAUAAACAGAAGUUUGGCAAGAAACCAAGCUCCCAGGAUGCAGCAAAUGGCAGCGAGUCUGCCAAACGAGCCUGUCGACAGCCUGAGAAGCUAGAGACUCCAAGCGAGGACGAGCACAGCAUUCAAGGCCACAUCAGGUCUAUGCAGAAGGAAUUGUCCAAGGACGUUCCCAACAUGGAGAAAGUUCAAGACGGAAUGUCUAGAACCUUCAGUGCACGACGGCAAUGGAGAGCCACGGAACAUCCAUCUGUCCCGGAGAUUCUGUCUCGCUACCCGGCUCUGGAGGGAGCAGAAGUAAGUAUUUUUCGGGAAUUGGAAAGGUUUGGUGGGGACCCACCAGUCCAGACAACCAUUGCGGUGGCAGAGAAACAGGUGAACACUGCGCUCGACGCGGCAGCGAAGAAGGCGGGCAAGACCACUUUUGAGAUGUUGGAGAAGGCAGAGGUAUGCGACACUGAGGGUCAGAAAUGCGCAACGUUCUUUAAGUACCCUUGUGUUGUCUGGGACGGUGUUCUGAGCAGCCCUGGGCCCUGCAUGGUGCAGGUCGAAAAUCAGCUGCUCAAGGUCGACCACCCAGUGCAUGCGAUUCUGGUCGCAUUCUGCCUGCUCUGGGCGGUUGACAUGUGCUACCAGCCUGCCGCUAUGGGCUUUUAUUCCCUUGUUGAGCACCUGCUGGGGCUGCCGGCCACGAAGCCAGCAGGAAUGGUGCUGACGACACUUUCAGCAAUGAAAGAGGCAUUGAAAAAGAAAUAAAA